AUGCCUUCAUCUGCCAAGUACAGCAAAGACUUUUCAUAUCAAUCUCUUCUCUUUACCAUCACCCAUAUCAGCGCAAACGCCCGCCCACAGUUCAUCUUCACCCUUGAACAUGGACUUGCUUUCUCCUCUCCUCGCCAGGCAACUGAGGGCCCUGUGAUAGCUGCUAAUUAUAUCAAAGCAAUCAACCCGCCCCCCGCUUCUGCCGUUGGCCUGAAUGGUCUCCCGGACGAGAUGCUCAUUGCUAUCAUCCAUGAUAUCUAUAAAGAAAGGGAUAGGCCGUCUCUGUUCGCCUUCUUUGCGCUGCGACAGGUUUCCCAGCGCUUCAGACGGUUGACGAGAGAUGAAGCCUUCGACUCACAUGUCUUCUCGGACAAGGGUUGCUGCGACCAGUGUCUCAGUUUAUCUGGAACUCAUACACCUAGACAGAACGCGCCAGUCGCUUUGACGAAGAUACAUCUCAUCCACACUAGGGAAAAGCACUGCUUCGGCUACAAGGCCCAAAUAAAAGGUGUCUACUUGGAAGGCCUGAACGACUUCGUCAGAAGGGGAAAGAUAUGCUCCACGUGUCAGAAGGGGCUGGAAGUCAGAAAGAGAAAGGGUGCCUCGCUGAAAUGUAAGUUCGCGCCCAAACACUCUUUGGACUGGAGAUACAGAUGCCUUGCCAGGACGGGCUACAUCCGGCUUUGUGAGCACAAGGUUAUCAGCUGGGAUUACAUCCAAUCCUUUGUCAAUCCUCAUUCUUCAUCCUCUAAGAAGAGUGAGAAGAUUACGAUCAUGAGUUGCGAAGAUCCAAGUCACUAUACUCAUUGUCACAAUGAAGGUGGAGGGCCCAAAGCCGAGAUGAUCAUAUACGCAACAGGUGGGGUCUUGCUGCUGCUCACAUUUACCGGCAACUCGGAUGCAGAUCUGACACCAGGUCAAGGGAUUGGCGACAUUCCCUACGGCAUGAACCACGAGACGGGAAAAAUGACUCUCCCAAUGAGUGUAAUUCACGAGGCCAUCCAAUCAGUUCGGGAAAAGGGCGGGAAGCACUUCGCACCGAAACGUAUAUCAGGAGUUCUGCCCGAACUGAGUGGUCUUAACCUUGAAGACAUCUCCACUAAUGCAUCAUCCCAAGAUGAUCCAGUCAAAGUCAUACAUUCAAAGGGCGCAAAACUUCAGACUCACUCAUCCUUCUUCCACGACAAUCCGAGCCAAGGCAGCCAAGUAGCCGGUCACAUUUUUGCGACUGCAGAAGUCGGACUAUGCUGGCGCUGGAGUCUGAUAGAUGGUUAG